GUAUAAAUUUCUCGGUCAUACUACCAACUUUAGGCGAUUGUAUAAGUUAAGUGAAAGCAAGUCUAUUUUGGAAGAAAUGAGACAGAAUGAAUUCUAUAAGCAGCCCUGGAUGAGAGAAGCUGUAUUUCAUUAUUUAGCAACAAAGGUAAACAAAAAAAAAAGGAUGUCUCAGUUUUUUCUAAACAUAUCAUCUAGACAUAACAACGCAUGCAAGAACUACUUGCCAACAUGCAAUAAACAAAGCAUACUAUCUAAUAUAUCCGCAUUGAAAAUAAGUGCUUGUUCUCUAUCGUUCUUUGGAAUAGUUUAUUUCUUCUGCUUCUGUCUAACAUAGCUUGAGACGCUUCAGAUUAUCACAGCUUCACCCAGCAAUAGCCUCAACCUUGUGUAUUGCUUCAAGUGAAGUAUCCCUUAAAGAAUCUCCAAGUUUAAAUUAGUGUUCUCAUGUUAAAAAC